AUGACUCUCACCGAAAACGUCAUGAAGCCUCAAAUUCAGCGGUUCACCCGCGACCACGACCCAAAAGUUUUGUGGCAAGUGGUGGAAGAAGACGGGGCAGUCAUUAUUGAGGAGUUUCUUCCCCGCGAAGUCAUUCAAAAAUUUGAUUGCGAGUUGGACGUUCGUUCCAAAGCGACCGAGGGCGGCGAGAUGAAUCAAGAAUUCUAUCAGAUGCCGGUCCCUACCACAACCAAAUGGAUGAACGAUCUCACGGCCACCUGCCCGACCUUUCGACAUGAGAUUCUCAACAAUGAUAUCCUUCACAGUCUCUGCAAUGUUGCCUUCGAGCCCCACGGUGACUAUUGGUUGUUGAACGGAAUGGCGAUGGAGAUGAUGCCAGGCAACCCGACGCAGCAAAUCCACAACGACCAUGGUACACAUCCCAUCCUGCAGUAUCUUAGGCCCGACGCACCAGCUCCCGUCUUCAGCAUCAUCACGGCGGUGACAGAAUUCACUGAGUCCAACGGCGCCACACGGGUCAUCCUGGGCAGUCACCGCUGGCCACAGGGACAAAAAGCAAAGGAUGAUCAGGCGGUGCGUGCCGCCCUGCAACCAGGAGACGCACUGGUUAUGUAUCGCAGCACAAAGCAUGGUGGGGCCGCGCACGAUGCAGACAACCAGGAUCACCGGCGGCUUUUGUUGACCUGUAUGGGCACCUGCCAGCUAGCGCCAUAUGAGACAAAUGUGACCGUGCCGCGCCCUAUUGUUGAGAGCAUGACUCCUCUGGCGCAGAAGAUGAUUGGGUGGCGCAGUACCAGGCCCGUGAUUUCUAAUGUGACGGGGCUGAAUACCGUCCGUAUGAAACAUCUGGAGAAUCAAAUUGAGCUGAAGUCGAAUGUCCCGUUGAAGGUUGGAGGUUGUUGA